CGAGCACCAUCCUACAGGACGAAAAGUCAAUGCUACAAGAGUACAGAGGUCAAAGGAAAAUGUAAUUUGAAGGAGAAAAUUUUGGACUGUGGUCAGAUUGUAUGGAGCUUAGCGUUUGGCUCCUCCUCUUCACCAGCAGGAUGGAAGUUGUGGCCACGUUCCAGGCAACAAGCAUCUGGAUCUCUUGGGUCUUGGCUGCUUCUAGCAACAGGACUUAGUGAUGGUCACGUCAAAAUAUGGGAAGUGCAUACAGGUCGUUUGCUCUUCAAUUUAUCUGGGCACCAAGAUGUGGUAAGAGACUUGAGCUUUACUACAAAUGGCAGCCUGACCCUUGUCACUGCAUCCCGAGAUAAGACUCUGCGUAUCUGGGACUUAAAAAAAGAUGGUAAAUUGAUCCAGGUACUAUCUGGACACAUCCAGUGGGUGUACUGCUGCUCCAUCUCGCCAGACUGCACUGCAGCAUGCUGUGUUCUGCUGCAGGGGAGAGCUCGGUGCUACUGUGGAGCAUGCGAUCAUACACUCUCAUUCGGAAACUGGAGGGUCAUCAAAACAGUGUAGUAUCAUGUGACUUCUCUCCAGAUUCUGCGCUCUUAAUCACAGCCUCUUAUGACACUACAAUGAUUUUGUGGGAUCCUUAUACAGGCGAAAAGCUAAGACAGUUCGUCCAUAUUUCAGUGUCUCGUGAGCUGGACUAUAGCUCUCCAGAACCACAACUCAGCGCUCUAAGAUCCGUCUGCUUUUCACCAGAAGGAAUGUACCUUGCAAGCUUGGCAGAUGACAGAUUUCUGAGAAUAUGGUCCCUAGAACAUGAAGAACCCUUGUCUGCUGCUCCUGUAACAAAUGGUCUGUGUUGUACAUUCUUUCCACAUGGAGGAAUUCUCGCUACAGGAAAUCGAGAUGGACAAGUGCAGUUCUGGACGUCCCCUCGAGUCCUGUCUUCACUUAGGCACUUGUGUCGCAAAGCACUGCGUUGUUUCCUAACCACCUAUCAGGUCCUUGCUUUGCCAGUUCCUGGAAAAAUGAAGGAUUUUCUUACCUACAGGACUAACUAUUAG